AAAGCCCUCCUCCCCGGCCAAGGUAGAGGAAGUCGGGCUCCCGCCUGGAUGGGCGGCGGGAGGGGAGCCCCGCGCCUGUUGUUUUCCUCCAGCGGGAGCGGACGGACGCGCCCUCCCACCCCGGGCCCCGGCGCUCGAGAGGCGGCCACCCGCGGCUCCCCCGCCCCGGCCCUCGGGCUCACCCCAAGCAUCCUUCCUGGGUGCUGCGGGCAGUGGGGGCAACUCGGUCGUUCCGACGACCUGGGAGGCGCACUUGGGACCCCGGGACCCCGGGCCCCGGGGGACGCACGCCCAGCCCCGCCGGAGCCUGCGUUUCCUGCGGGGGUUUCUGCUGGCGUCGGGGGCGAGAUGGCCGCAGGCGUCUGGGCUCCAGAGCCCCGGGUCCUCGUGUGCCUCGCCGCGCUCCUGGCCCGCUGGGUCGUCGCAGACUUGGAGGCUGUCAUCAUCGGAGAAGUCCACGAGAACAUCACUCUGCACUGUGGCAACCUCUCGGGACCAGAGGGCCUGGUGACCUGGUAUCGGAAUGACGCGGAGCCCUUCUUCCUCCUGUCCUCCAAUUCCAGCCUCCUGCCCACCGAGCCACGCUUCUCACUGGACAGUGCCGGCUCCCUGCACAUCGAGGGGCUGCGCCUGCAGGAUGAGGGGAACUACACCUGCCAGGAGGGCCCGAACGGGACUCAGAGGUUCCGGGUGUGGCUGCAGGUGGCUAGUGGCCCCUUCCAGGUUGAGGUCAACAUCUCGGGGGCUGGCAGCCUCCCCAACGGCACCUUCUACGUAUCCAGGGGAUCCCAGGUGAACUUUACCUGCAGCAGCGCUGCCUGGCCCCCGCCCAGGGUCGAGUGGUGGUUCCAGGCCCCCGACUCCAGAACCGAGCUCUUUGGAGACAGCCGGAGGGUCAGCUCCUUCACGCUGCUGCCCAUGUCGCCCAGCCUCCAGGGCAACUACACCUGCUCGGCCACCAACACACUGAGCAGAAGACGCCGAGAGGUGACCGCCGAGCUCCUGGUCUACUCUCCCCCUCCAUCGGCACCUCAGUGCUCGGCUGAGAUAGCUUCAGGAUUGCUUAUGGUGCAGCUCACCUGUCGCUGGGUCGGGGGAUACCCGGACCCCAACUUCCUGUGGACAGAAGAGCCAGGAGGCGUGGUCGUGGGGAAAUCAAGCCUUGGGGUGGAAAUGCUGAACCAGUCCCAGCUGUCCGAUGGCAAGACGUUCAAGUGUGUUGGGAGCCACAUAGUGGGGCCAGAGUCGGGAGCCAGCUGCACGGUACAGAUCAGGACCCCCUCCCUUCUCUCUGAGCCCAUGAAGACUUGCUUUGUCGGGGGCAAUGUGACGCUCACCUGCCAGGUGUCUGGAGCCUACCCGCCUGCCAAGAUCCUGUGGCUGAGGAACCUGACCCUGCCUGAGGUGGUAAUCCAGCCUGAUGGCCACUAUCUCAUCACACAGCACGGCCAGACCUCCACCCUAACCAUCCACAACUGCUCCCAGGACCUGGAUGAGGGCUACUAUGUCUGUCGGGCUGAGAAUGUUGUAGGGCCGAGGGAGGUGGACAUCUGGCUGAGUGUGAAAGAACCGGUAAACAUCGGCGGGAUAGUGGGCACCAUCGUGAGCCUCCUUCUGCUGGGACUGGCCAUUAUUUUAGGGCUUAUGUUGUAUUACAGUCCUGUGUUCUGCUGGAAAGUAGGAAACACUUUCAGGAGGCAAGACAUGGGCGACGUUAUGGUGUUGGUGGAUUCGGAAGAGGAGGAGGAGGAGGAGGAUGCUGCAGCAGAGGAGGAGGAGGACGAGGAGGAAGAAAAUGAGAGGGAGGAAUUGCCGAAAGAAACACACAGGCAUGGCCACAUUCACAGAGUGACUGCGCUGGUGAAUGGGAACAUAGAACAGAUGGGAAAUGGACUCCCGGCUCUCCAAGAUGACAACAGUGAACUGCAAAGUGACAUCAUCAUUCAAGAAGAAGACAGGCCAGUUUGAAGAAGAGAAUUUGUGUUAUCGGUAUCUUUUCUUAAAGGCUUGGAAAGCUGGGUCAAAAAUGGGCUUUUCAUUCAGCUUUGACUCGUACCCCUGCCCGGGUCCCACACUAGUGAUGGUUUGGUUCUCUCAGCAAAAAAGAAAAGUACACGCACACAUCUUUCCUUCCACUUGUUUUCUUAAUUGGUUUGAUUUGCUGUAAAUUCUCUCAAUGAUGUUAAAGCGCUUUGGGAGUGGGCAGGGUGUGGGGGAAAGCUGCAUUUGGCAUCCAGGGUACCACUUUUGCUCUGACUGCUGGAUGUAUCCAGGUUGACCUACUGUGACGGAUGUGGCUUUGGAGGGAGAAGGGGAGAGGGUAGCACGUAUUCUCAGAACCCUUUGCCACUAUUUAAGUUUGUAACCAGCUUGCCCCAGCCUGGAAGGAAUGUCAUGGGGUGUUGGGGAAAUGUUCUUUAUCACUGCCCAGGGGAGCUAGUGGUUGAAGAACCAGGUGGUCAAUCAUCUGCUCUCUGGGAAAGGUAUCAGCUCUCAGUGUGAACCAGAGGAAGGCAGUUUGGUUUGGGCUUUGGGGUUAGAAACACUGGGCCUUGACUCUGGGUCCUGCUAUUUACUUGCUUGGGCAUGUUGUUUUAUCUCUCCCUGGGCCUCAAUUUCCUCCUCUGUAAAAUAGGUGAAAUCAUACCUAACUUACAAGAUUGUGAUGAGGAUUGAAUGAGGUCAUUUUUGGAUAUGAAAGUGUCUAGGAGGUGCUCAAUAGAUGCUAGUUAUCUUCUCCUUUGGAAGAAACAUGUUACCUGUAAGAGCUACUGCCCCGUGCCUUUCAUUCUUCUUUGAAAAUGGUUUCAGAGGAGGGCAUUAUCGGAACUCUGCUAGACGAUUUUUGCAUUCCUGAAGAUAUAAUUCCUUUCAAAGAGGUAGAGGCUGAGAAGAGGAAGUGCCUUUCAUUAUAACCUCACAUUUGCAGAGCUUCAUAUUUAAACAAAAACCUCCUAGGUGAGGCACUAUUAGCUUUUAGCCGCUCCCAUUCUUCACUUCUCCUAUGGCUUUGAAAGAAGGCAUGAGAAGUAUUUUGCAAGGGAGUAUCUGGUGAUAAAAACUUCUUGAGCAGUCUAGUUUAUCUGGCCUGUUUCUUUGUACCAGAAGUGGGAUAUCCCACUUUGUGAAGAUAUUACGAAGAUACACUGAUCAGUAACACUAAUGAAACUGAGUGAUGAGUAUAGGUGCUUCUAGUAGAUAUUUGUACAGUUUAGAGGUUUUGGUUUUCUAGUUUCAUCCAAAUUUUUUAAAUGAUGGGCAUUAUAAGGGUGUAAAGGAUAUGGGCUAAACAUGAAUAUCUGACUUGAAUUUAAUGUUGCAUGUCCUGCACUAAUGGGCAAGACCCAGGGCUUACAGGAGAAACUCUCUUCUCAAUACCAGGGACUCCUAGGGUGAGAAGCUGGUUAUCCGAAGUACCCCUGCAAGUGUGCUUGGGGGAGGUUUAUUUUCGUGGAUCGAGGGACAAAACUGAGCAAAGCACUGGAAGUGUGCCCUGCCCCCAGCUGAGAACACUGGGGAGUUUGGGAGCUGGCUGUAAUUUCUACCCUUCAGGAAAAGCUGGGAAUCGCCAUCCUAGUUAGGCCAGG